AUGAUUGACAACUUAAGGGACAUAGCUACUGAAGUAAAGCCUAGGUUUGUCAUUUCAGAAAUGAAAAGAUCACAUGGAGUAGAUGUUGCUUAUGGAAAAGCAUGGCAUGCUAUUCAAAAGGGCUUAUCGUUAUUAAGAGGAACAACUGAACAAAAUUAUGAGCAGCUGGCAUCAUAUUUGUAUAUGAUCGAACAAAAAAAUCCAGGAUCAUAUACAAAUAUUCAGAGAGAUUCAGAUAACAGGUUUGUUUAUAUAUUUUUUAUAUAUGAUGCAUCAAUUUCUGGGUGGAGGUAUUGUAGACCACUUAUUGCUGUGAAUGGAACAUUUCUAAAAAAUAAAUAUAGAGGUGUUCUAGAAUUAAGAAAAGCAAUUGGGAUUCGUAAAGAUUUAAUAUUUUUGUCAGAUCGACACAAGGCCAUUGCAAAUGGAAUCGCAAAGGUUUUUCCUGAGUGCUACCAUAGUAUUUGCAUAUAUCAUUUGGAAAAGAAUCUAAAGCAAAGAAGAGUGAGAAACAAUGUACUAAACCUCUUUCAAAGUGCUGCAAGAGUAUACCUUCAAUCAGAAUUUGAUGACUUCAUGUCCCAAAUAGCUGCUGUUGAUAAGAAAACAUUCAAUUAUUUGAUGGAGGAACCACCAGGAAGGUGGGCUCGUUCACAUUGUCCAAGACGACGAUAUGAUAUGUUAACAACAAAUAUUGUUGAGUCAAUGAAUAAUGUUUUGAGACGUGCAAGAGAAUUGCCACUUUUAACAAUGAUGGAUUUCAUACAAGAAAAAUUGCAAAGUUGGUUUUAUGAAAGAAGGACAACUGCAGAAGGAAUAUUCCGCGAGUUAUCAAAUUGGGCAGAAGCAACAUUGGAAGAUAAAAUUAAACCAGCUUUUACAUUUAGACUAGAUGAGAUACCCUGUGAACAUGCAAUUGCUGCAAUUGAUAGUAUAUAUCAGAAGAAAUCAGCCUUUUGUUCAGCCUAUUAUGCAAGGGACUUUUGGUUGAAAACAUAUGAAGGGCAAGUAAAUUCUGUAGGUGAUUCAACAACAUGGGUUAUACCCGACAAUAUUAAAUCGGAAAUCACUAAGCCUCCAGAUGCAAAACUAGAUGAGAUACCCUGUGAACAUGCAAUUGCUGCAAUUGAUAGUAUAUAUCAGAAGAAAUCAGCCUUUUGCCCAGCCUAUUAUUCAAGGGACUUUUGGUUGAAAACAUAUGAAGGGAAAGUAAAUUCUGUAGGUGAUUCAACAACAUGGGUUAUACCAGACAAUAUUAAAUCGAAAAUUACUAAGCCUCCAGAUGCAAAAGUAAUGCAAGGAAGAAGACAGAAGAAUCGACAUGUUUCCGGUACAAAAUUCAAGAAGGAAACAAGAUGUGGUCGUUGCAAAAAAUAUGGGCAUAACAGAACAAAUUGUACAAAUUCUGCUGUAGCUCAUCCUUAUGCAAGAAAAUACAGGAAAAAGAAAUGA